GCGCAGAGCUGGGCUGGGAGGCUGAUCGACCGACACACUGCCUGCAUCAUUGUUACCGUUCUGAUGGGGUAAGGGUAAGAGACUGGCUUUACAUUAAACGGGCUUCCUGGAAGCCUGGAGCGUGCCAGCGGAUACUCCUCCGUGAUUUUCGUUGAAAAGCCCGCAUGGAGGCGGAAUUGCCUUCAGUCCAAGGACGCGUACCGGAUCUCGGGUUCUACCCCCUGUAGCGAGGGAUCUCUCGGCUGAAACCUGGAACCGGCAGGCGCAGCUCAAGCAAAAGCCGCGUCAGGUCCGUUCUGAAUAGGAGCGCAUGGCGCAGGGCGCAGUGAGGAUGUGAUCCGGCCGGGAUCUCCGCUUUCUCGCUCCGCCGCCUCACUCUCUGCCGCUCAGGAUGCCCAGGGCUCUGCGGAGGCUGCUCCAUCUGAUGCUGUUCUGCCCGCUGUCGAAGGGCCUGCAGAGUCGACUCCCGGCCAUCAAGGUGAAGUACCUCCUCCUUGCCUGGCUGGGCAUCCUCAUCGUCAGCUGGAUCGUCUACAUGCAGUAUGCCUCAUACGCCGAGCUGUGCCGCGGGCACGUGUGCCAAAUGGUCAUCUGUGAUCACUACAGACGGGGCAUCAUUUCAGGCUCAUCGUGUAAGGCUCUGUGCGAUCAGAAAACUCUGACCUUGCACCGCUGCAUGUCCACCUCCUCCACCCAUCAGGUCUACAUUGGACUUUGGAAGGAUAGGCCAGUGGUAAUCAAAUGUGGCAUUGAGGAUCCAGGGAACACGGAUGGAGUCCCAGACACCUUGCCAAGACCAGAAAUGAGCUUAUUUGACAAGCCAACACGUGGAACCUCGAUGGAUGAAUUUAAAGAGAUGCUCCACAGUUUCCUUAAGGCUAAUCUCGGGGAGCAGCCAUCUUUGAGCGCCUUGGUGGACAGAGUCAUCACUCUGGCUGACGUCAACCAGGAUGGGAAGGUGUCUCUCGCAGAGGCCAAGUCCAUCUGGGCUUUGCUCCACAUCAACGAGUUCCUCCUGAUGGUGGCGCUGCAGGAGAAGGAGCACACGCCCAAGCUGCUAGGCUUUUGCGGAGACUUGUAUGUGACAGAGCGCGUCAUCCACGGCUCUCUUUACGGGCUCGAGGUGCCUCACCAGCUUAAGGCGGUCAUCCCGGAGGCCCUCGCCUCCAGUCUGAACCACUGGCUGGCGCCGUCCUGGCCCCGCAGGGCCCGCAUCACCAUCGGCCUGCUGGAGUUCGUGGAGGAGGUCUUCCACGGAUCCUACGGGAGCUUCCUCAUCUGCGACGCGAGCCCUCGCCACGUAGGCUACAACACUAAGUACGACUGCAAGAUGGCCAACCUGCGCAGCGUGGCGUCAGAGGCCAUGGUGCGGGCGUUCCUGAAGGGUCGGCGGUGCGAGAGCAACGCGGACUGCACCUACGGCCGAGACUGCACGGCCACGUGCGACCGACUGGUGAGGCAGUGCAACACGGAGGUGGUGCAGCCUAACCUCGCCAAGGUGUGCGUGCUGCUGCAGGAUUACCUGCUGUUCGGGGCCCCGUCAGACCUGCGGGGCGAUCUGGAGAAGCAGCUACGCACCUGCGUGACACUCAGUGGCUUAGCGAGCCAGAUGGAAGUUCACCACUCGCUGGUUCUUAACAACCUGAAGACGUUGCUGUGGAAGAAAAUUUCCAACACGCAAUAUUCCUGAAGACACGCUUAGCCAGCCUACUUCUGAAAAAAACCAUGAACAAAAGUCAGAAGCUUUUUUUUCUUUUUUUGCUCCUAAUGUUUUGCCAAAUGGUGUAGCUUGUUCAAUCAUUUUUGUGAUUAUCAUCCUACACCGACUCACGAUACAGUUCUGAGAAAAAAGUAUUUUCCCUCCUGCGAACUUCUUAUUUUUUCUUAUUUUGUCAUACCCAAAUGUUUCAGAUCCCCCAACACAUUUUGAUAUCAUGCGAGGACACCCUUACAAAACUAGUUCCUAAAUCAAGAUUUUAUUCGUACAGGCGAUCCAACCCAACCUAACCCUUUGUCAAAAUAUCACUUUUGUUAAAUGAGGAAAUUACUGUAUUAAACCACAAUUUUUGUUCUCUUUCAUGUUCCACACCAAGGUCUGACUAGACCUGAAUAAUAGAAACUGUCUGACAAUGUGAAGUUUCCCCCACAAGGUCACAUCAGAACCUAGAACAACAGUUACAGCAACGCAGGCCUUCCGCUGCUCAUUUAAGGCCAAUAUUCAUUAUUCUAUAAUUACAACAAGGCUGCAUGACAGCUGCCUUCAUGGGGGAGUUCAAAGGUAAAAACAUUUCAGACAACAACAAGGCCCAUCUUACAUUUGCCAAAAAACAUUUUUUUUUCUUCCUAGACCUUUGACAAUAUGGUAAAUGGACCGGACUUGUGUAGCCUUUCCUGUCAUACUGACCACUCAAAGCACCUCACGCUAUAGCCACAUUCACUAAUGCACACACAUUCAUACACCAAUAUGCAGAUCGAUAGGCCACUUGAGGUAAAGUGCCUUGCACAUUGACAUGUGAUGGGGGAAGCUGGAGUUAAACCCACAACCUUCCAAUUGCAAGACAACUACUUAACCCAUUGAGCCACAGUCACACCUUAAAUAUAUCAUUCAACAAAAUAUAUUCUGUGUCUACAUUCCAUUAUGCCAUUUGGCAUAAAACUGGCAGAGAAUUUCAGAAAGAAAAUCAGUAUAAAACGGCGAUGGAAGUGUGACGGUCUGGGACGGUUUUCUCACUACAGAACCUGUACUACGCCCUGUAAUUCAUAGAACCAUAAAACUCUGAUCAGCUAUUAGAAAAUCCUGAAGGAGAACAGCCGGCCAUCUGUUCAUGGCCUCGCGUUCGAGCUUGCAUCGGAAAACAAUGACCGAAAAAACGAACCAGCAAGUCCACCUCUAAGUGGUUUAAAAAAAAACAACACAUAACGAUUUUAAAGUUGCUUCGUCAGAGUCCUGGCUUUAGACAGCUUGUUCCUGCUCAAAACCUACCAAUGUGACUGAAACGAAAGAGUUUUGCAAAGAAAAUUCUACAUCCUGGCGAAAAGCCUCUCAGCGAGUUAUCUCGGACAGUUGAUGGCAGUGUUGUGCCAACGAAGGACGCUCAGUUAUUAGCUUCAGGACCUGGAGGUCAUUACUUUUUCUCAGCACCGUAACUGAAAACUGUGAACUGAUAUUCAUAAUGUGAAUCCAGAGAAUCAGCAAGCCCAAAUAUCCCACUAUAACCCCCUCAUCGCUUGUUUUUCUUAGGUAUUAGUUAUGGUUUUGCACACUAUCUUCUCAGGACAACACCUGUAGCUUCCUCUGUUUAAUUCUUUAUGGAAAUUAGUUUCCCGAAUAAAGCAACUUGGAUUUUUUUUUUUUUUUUUGCUCGUCCUGUUUUUGUUUUCUGCGUUGAUGAAAGCGUGUCUACAGCUGUAAAUGGAGUCCCUGUGGUGUGUUUUCUGUAAAUGCAAUUCAGCUCAACAGAUGGGAGGUGUACAGUGAAACAAUUUGCAAAUAAACGUGUGUGGUUCAAGCAACUGA